GGUCACGAUGAAGAAGCUGUUGUGGAUAUGGGCAAAAUCAGCUCUACUAUCAACACAAACUUUGAGAAAGAAGAACUAGAGAGCCACAGAGCUGUGUAUAUUGGAGUUCACGUCCCAUUUGGAAAGCAGGGCCGUCGACGGCACAGACAUCGUGGGCACAGGCAUCACAAAAGAAAAAAAGAAAAGGAAACUGACAGAGAGGAUGGCCGAGAAUCUCCAUCAUAUGACACACCAUCCCAACGAGUGCAGUUUAUCUUGGGUACUGAAGAUGAUGAUGAACACAUUCCCCAUGAUCUCUUCACUGAAAUGGAUGAACUUUGCUUCAGGGAUGGAGAAGAAUAUGAAUGGAAAGAAACGGCUAGGUGGCUGAAAUUUGAAGAGGAUGUUGAAGAUGGAGGUGAUCGAUGGAGCAAGCCUUAUGUAGCAACUCUGUCUCUGCACAGUCUCUUUGAACUGCGAAGCUGUAUUCUUAAUGGGACGGUCAUGUUGGACAUGAGAGCAAGCACGUUAGAUGAGAUAGCAG